AUGUGUCAGGCUGUCAUUUACGAGAAUCGGCGUUGUCGAUGCCGAUGGCUACAGAUCCACAGCCAGUGCAUGCCCAAUGCUGGAUUUAGCCAGUGCGAGCAAUUUGGCAAGUCGGGUGUCAAAUUCCACCCGGAGGAGUACGAGAGCCUCCAGUGUCCAGUACACGACCUGCAUGGAUGGUACGAUAGGAACUUUGUCCGUGAGUAUGCUGGAGUAGAAAAGACGAGCAUCAACGGGUACUGCUCAGAUUAG